AUGGAGGCCACGGCAGUCCCGAACCCGGUGGCAGCAGCAUCGCUUCUUGGUCGUCACCUGUACGCGGUGAGUCCGGUGACCCUGGCCCUCGCUACCGUCGCCGUUCUGUGGCUGUGGCUCCAUCGACGCCGGCGGCCUGCUAGUUCGCAGCUGUUGCCCGCGUGGGUGCCGCUCGAGAUUGGCAUCACCUCGGCGCUGCUCAAGUCCAACAGCCUGGCCUCAUACUUGCUGUCAGUCUGCGCUCCUCUUGUCUCCCCGACUGUCCUGCUGACGCCCAAACACAGCUUCGUGCUUCGCCGCCGUCAAGGGUCGCUGUUUGGCCUCACGCCGCGUCACCAGAUCCUGUACAAUCUCCCCAGCAUCGAGCGCCUGCUCGCCAAGGGCCACCACACCAUCAACACCCACCCGCUGGGGCUGAGCAUGCUGCUGCGUGUCUUUGGGGCCCCCGUCUUGUCCUCGCUGCGCCAGCAGUUCGCCCUCAUCAACGCCCCGCUGACGGCCGCCGUCGAACGAGGCUUCGUCAACGACGCCGCCGCCACCCAGGCCAUCCAGAGAGGCGACGUCGCCCGCAAGCUUGCCCGCCUGCUCAGCUUCUCGGCCGACCGUGAGCACCAGCACCGAUGGGAAUGGACUGCCAAUGUCGCCAUCCUCGUCCCGGACCGCCCCGACCACCCAGGCGCCGUCGAGCUCGACCUGGAAGCCCUCCUGCGCGACCUCGGCGCCUGCAUCUCGAUCCCCCUGCUCUACGGCCAAGACUUUCUCGACCGCAACCCGGGCCUGCUCGACGACUUCUGGAAGUUUGACAACGACGCCUUUCCCCUGCUCGUGGCUGGUGCUCCGACCUGGCUGCCCAUCAGGUCCUUCCGCGAGGGCCUCCAAGCCCGGGCCCGCCUCCAUGAAGCCCUCGGUGCCUUCUAUCGCCGCCUGCAGCAGUUUGAGCGAAACGAGCCCGUCGACUUUGGCGCCGACAUGAGCGACGUCAGCUUCGUGGCCCGCCAGAGAAACGACGUCUUUGAGCGCUUCGGCGUCUCCACGCCGGUGCGCGGCAUGCUUGAGCUGGGCACCCUCUGGGGCCAGAACGCCAAUACGCAGCCGCUCAUUUUCUGGUUCGUCCUCUACGUAUAUUCCACGCCUGGUCUUGUCGAGGCCCUGCGCGCCGAGGUCGAGCCCUGCCUGGUCUUUUCGACGACACCAAACGCAACAAACCAGCAGCCGUCGCCACACGCAUACCAGCUCGACUACGCGGCGCUCGGACGCAGCUGCCCGCUGCUAAAGUCGGCCCUGCUCGAGACGUUCCGCUUGGCCAACGAGCCGACGUCGAUCCGGUAUGUGUCCCGGCCCGUGACCGUUCCCGACGGCGAGCACAGCCACCACCUGCACCCGGGCACCUGGAUCUCGGCCCCGCACGCCGGCCUCCAGCGCGACGGCUCCGUCUUCCCCGACCCGGAUCGCUUCGUCCCCGAUCGGUUCCUCGAGCUCGACGAGCAGACGGGGCGCAAGGUGCCGCGCUAUGGCAAGCUCAAGCCCUGGGGCGCCGGCGUCGGCAUCUGCAAGGGGCGGACCUUUGCCGAGAAGGAGAUACUCGGCGUCGUCGCCUGUUUCAUCACCCUGUGGGACAUGGAACCGACCGGCGGCGGCGCAUGGACUUUGCCUGGCUUCGUCCCCGGCACCGGCGUCAUGCGUCCUAAGGAGGCCGUUCGCGUCGUCAUCAGACGUCGCCUCUUUUUCUGA